AUGCCCCCAGCUCUGGCUCCCCACUGCUGCUGCAGCCCCCCAGUCCCCAGCCCUGGCCAGGGCAGGCUCCAGGCCCGCCGGCAGCUGAGUGUUGCCUGCACCAUCUGCUGCGUCUUCAUGGUCGGGGAGGUGAUAGGCGGGUACCUGGCGCACAGCCUGGCCAUCAUGACGGAUGCAGCCCACCUGCUGACGGACGUGGGCAGCAUGUCCGUCAGCCUCUUCUCCCUCUGGGUCUCCACCCGCCCGCCCACCAAGACCAUGAGCUAUGGCUGGCACCGCUCAGAGACGCUGGGUGCGCUGGCCUCUGUCCUCUCCAUCUGGGUUGUGACCGGGGCCCUUGUCUACCUGGCGGCCGCCCGCAUUGUCAGCAACGACUACGAGAUUGAGGCACGAGCCAUGCUGGCUACAUCCGCCAGUGCCGUUGGCGUCAACCUGGUCAUGGCCUACAUCCUGCAUCAGUCCCCUGCUGGCCACGGCCACAGCCACGGUGCAGGGGGCUACGAGCAGCUGGAGAGCACUGGGGGCUGCCCACCUGGCCAUGCCGCCCUGCCUGGCAGCACCAGUGUCCGUGCGGCCUUCGUCCACGUGGUGGGUGACCUGCUGCAGAGCAUUGGCGUCCUCGUGGCUGCCACCAUCAUCUACUUCAAGCCCCAGUGCAAGAUCGCAGACCCCAUCAGCACCCUCUUCUUCUCGGUCUUCGUCCUCGGCUCCACCUUCACCAUCCUCAGGGAUGUCUUCAGAGUCCUCAUGGAAGGGACACCGCGGGGCCUCGAGUUCGACACGGUGAAGGAGGUGCUGCUGGGGGUGAGCGGGGUGAAGGGCGCCCAUGACCUGCACCUCUGGGCCCUGACGCUGAGCCACCAUGCCGUGUCGGUGCACGUGGCUGUCGAGGCCAGCGCCGACCCCGAGACAGUGCUGCGGGAAGCCAGCACCCAGCUGCAGAGCAAGUUCGGCUUUGCCUCAUGCACGGUGCAGGUGGAGCGGUACCAGGAGGAGAUGGCAGCCUGCCAGCACUGCCAGGAUCCCCAUGCCUGA